UUCUGAUUGUCUUGAUGUGUCAUUUGAUACAUUGCUGUUUACUGGUCUAGUACACAGACUAUACAUCCCCAUGUCUAAUGAUACAUUGUGUAUUAAGCCAACUGACUUCAGCUCUCUCUUCUCAAUGAUUGACUUUGGCUUAAUUAUUCAUUCUUUUAUGAUAAAUGCAAGUCAUGUGAGCUAUAACAAUUUUAUUCAAUUAUUACCUGGAAAUGAUGUGUACAACACAGCAUUAUCACUGGGCUUCUCUCGACACACUGCUAAUAAAGUAGGCCUUUUGCAUUCAGUGAAAAUGACAAUAUUUGACACAUCCUUUGUGACACAGGCUAUACUGAAUAAUAGUCAACUAAGCUUUAUUGCUACAAUUAAUAUUUCUAACAGUCACUUUUACAUGUCACAUAUACAUGGGCUAGCCAAUAUCAAUAGGCAAUGGAAAAAUCUUAUAGUUAAUGUCACGGGGUUUUUUAUGAAUAAGUCAGGAUUAUUUAUGAAUGAAUUAGAAAGAAGUGUUGUUGAAGAAAUAAGACGGCUAGGUAUAGCAGCUAACGUUAGGAAGACAGAAGCAGAUAAACAAUUAGCUAAUGCUGUUGCUAGACUGGUGGGAGCUAGAAAUCAGUUAAUGUUAGCACGAGAAUCAGUCACUAAUUCAACACUUAAACUCAAUGAAACAAUGGAUUCUCUUCAAAGGGCAAGAAAUCAAUUGAGAGAAGCUGAAAUGAAUGUAACAUCAGCUACAAGCGAAGUGAAAGAAGCAGAAGAAGCAAUUAAUAUUGUUUGUCAGAGAAUCACUUGCCCAUUAGAGUGUAAAAAUGCUUCAAGAAAGCGAACAGUGUAUGAAGAUACAUACUACACUGCUGAAGGUACUUGUGAUUCAGUUUGUAACAGCACUAUCAGAGUAAGAGUUUCUCCAUAUUUUGAACCAUACAUAUCAUGGCAGUACAUUGUUUGCUGUUGGGAUGUUGAGGUUCCAUGUGGGAUUCAGAGUCUUUGUGAAACAAAGGUUUGCUCACCUGUUUGUAAGUUCUUAAAUUCAACUAGGCCUGUUUUCAAUUACAUGCUCCAAGAUAUUCAAAUACCUUGUAAAGUUCCAUGUCCAGUUCGUCAGUACAAUACAACAAUUGAAAGAACCGAGGAAUUUAUUGACCCAUGUGGUAAGCGAGUACCAAAUUUAAAUUGCACCCAAACAAGCAGUGCCUGUGACAGUGAGAGAGAAGCAUCACUUAGAGCUCUUAAUAAGAAGCGAAGGGAUUUGGUGGCACCACUGCAAGAAAGAAACAGAGCAAGAAAUUAUGUUUUAUUGCUUGAAGUAAGAGAAAAUGAAGUUGCAAAUGAGCUUGUAUUAGCACAAGAAUCAUUAAAGUCAGCUGAAACAUUUUACCGUGCCUCAGUUAUUUACAAAAAUGCAGUUGAAGCCAGUUAUAAUACAACAUUGGAGCUGAUAAGGAAUGACCAAAACCUAUAUAACUUAAUCCAAGUGUAUGGUACUAAAGUAUUUAAUAUCACUAAUAUUACGUUCUCGGUUUCUAUAAGUGAAAUUAAUAAUCCUUCUGUCUUCCCUAUUACCAUUGGCUAUAGUAUUCCUGGAGAAAGUGAUCUUCAAUUAAUCUAUGUUUACCAGUUUGGACAAAAUUACUCAUCACAAAAACAAUACAUUGUCAAUGAUAUUAUUGAUAAUAUUUUUAAUUUACCAAGAAGGAGAAGGAGGCAGAUGGAGGGAUUGGGUGAGUCAGGUCGAGAACAGUUUGAAAUUCGCUGCUCUCAACUGAAUAGCAUUGACAAAUUUGUGCAAUAUAUGAUCAACACAUUAGAUGAAGUUGAGUUAAAAGGGAUGACUAUACAAAAGAACUUGCUUGAUGUAAUAGUGUCAAUUAAUAUGACUCUUAAUGCAACAUCAAUUAGUAAUGUAUCGAUUACUGGUAAUUUUACUAGCUUAAAGGUACUGUAUGGUCUAACAGAUGAAGACAUAGAGCAAAGUAGGCAAGAAGUUAGUAAUAUGGAUGAUGAAGUAUUUAAUUCUGUUCAGUCAUCAUAUAAAACUUUACAAAGUGAAGCACUAAUGGUAUUGAACUCACUCAAUGUCACUCUACUAAUGCAAUGGAGAUCUGGUAUUGAGUCAUUACUCCAGGGCAAUGGUACUGUAGCUGGUAAACCUUGUUCAGGACUAGUUGAUUGCAUACUGGUAUCAAAUAGUGCACUGGAUAGCCUGAUUUCCUUUGCCCCAUCCAAUACUUCAUCAGUUUUAUUGCAGCAUUUGCCAUCAGCUUCACAACUCUUUCUGCAACUAGCAACCGAUGAAUUGCUAUCCUUCAGUGAAGUAAGGGACAAGCUUGCUCCUAUGAACUCUAUUAUUCAGGAAAUGAUUAGUAAUGGGUACUGGUGCUCUACCCCGCCUGUCAUAAUUUCUCAUCCAGUAGCUAAAAUCAAUGUACAAAUAGGUACUGAACUUGUACUCAAUUGUGCAGGCAAUUCUAGCUUACCAAUAAUAUAUCAAUGGAAAAAAGAUGGAGUAGCAUUACCAAAUACUAAUAGUCACAAACUAAUGCUUGGCAACAUGCAAGUAUUUGAUGAAGGUAACUACAGUUGUGAAGUAACCAAUAAUGUUGGCUCUUUACAGUCAACGAAUUCUAGCGUACACAUCUUCAUUCUUCCUCAAUUUUUCCAAGUACCAUCAUCAGUCAUUACUUAUUUAGGAGAUGGUAAUGGAGCUUAUUUUACAUGCAACGCUACUUCGAGGCCUGAUCCUGGCUGGAAGUGGUAUCACAGAUCAGCUGUUAAUAGACCUUGGAGAGAGAUAAUAGGAGAAGAGACAAAUGAACUACUGAUAAGAAACCCAUCUUCAUCUGAUAAAGGAGAAUACAGGUGUUUAGCUUAUAAUGAUUUUGGUAAUCUCUCAUCAAAUCCAGUUUCAUUACGUCUCAUAUCAGUGACAGCAAAAGUACUGGCAUAUAACAUAGAUAUAUCAAUGAAGGAGUUAAACAAUACAGAACUAUUAAUGACUAAUAUUAGCGUGGAAGACCAGAUCAGGAGUCAGUUUAAAGAUGCUGUAUUGUUUGGUAAUGUAACACUAUCACAGAUUAGUAUGAGAGAAGUAUUAAUUGAUGAGUUAUUGGUCAGUUUCAAACUGAUUGGUCACAAUGUAACCACUAUCUCUGCAGCUGAUACCACUCCACUUCAAGUUAUUGUUGCUAACCUUGCAACAUCUACACAGGAAUUAGAUAGGGUAAGGGAUGAAUUAAAGACAUACUUAGAAAAAUCUGAAAAUUUUAAACUGGAAUAUAAAGACUCCAAAUACCAGUAUAGUGCUAACUCAUUUGAUCUAGACAUGCCAGAAAUUCAGUGCCCACCUGGCCAGGAGCUUUAUUCUAACAGGUUUUUGUGCUCUGAUUGUCUUGAAGGACAGGAGCAGAUUAUGAAAACCGAGAGUAGAUUCACUAUUGGUAGAGUUAUUACUGAGAGAGUACCACGUUGUUCUCCUUGCCCUCUUAAUACUUAUCAAAAUAUAGGUGGAAGUGGACAAUGUAAACCUUGUCCUAUUAAUCACAUUACAUUUAUUACUGGUGCUGUAUCAGUGGAGCAGUGUAUAGAAUUGUGCUCAGUCAACCAUUAUUCACCUAAUGGAUUAAUGCCUUGCAGGCCAUGUCUCAUAGGCACUUAUCAACCUCAAACUGGUCAAAUUGAGUGUCUUCCUUGUUUCUCAGAAGUUGAUGAUCCACUUUGUUCAAAAAAUCCUUGUGAACAGCCAAUGGUUAUUGGCUCUUGCAGUGAAAAGCAGCUCAAGUUUUAUUAUGACAAAUCAUCGCAACAAUGUCAACCAUUUAUAUACAGUGGCUGUGAUGGUAGUGAGAACAAUUUUAAUUCACUCAAUGAAUGCUCUCAAAAAUGUGGAUGCCCACAGAAUGAAUCUAUCAUAACAGAAUGUGAUGCUGAUCCAUGUCUAUCUAGUAGUUGUUUGUCUGCUCCUACUGCUCAGUGUUUUUCUGAUAAUUGUAGCAAUUGUACCAGUAGAUACUACUACAAUGAUCAAGAAGUCACUGAUACAUGCUCUUGUAAUAAUGGAUUGGUACCUGUUUCAUGUUCAUCACCCUGUCUCCCUACUUGUCAAAUUCCUGAGCCAGUCUGCUCUCCAUCUUUAUCAUGCAUACCUGGCUGUGGCUGUCCUGAUGAUACAGUAUAUGAUCAAACCAAGCAAACAUGCGUUACUCCUCUCUCAUGUGAUACUUGUAGUCUUCCUCCCAAUCCUGGUACAUGUCAUGGUAUAUUUCCUCGCUGGUUUUACAAUGCUUCUUCUGAACGUUGUGAACUAUUCAAUUAUGGUGGAUGUGCUGGUAAUAAUAACAGAUUUACCAGUCUACAGGAGUGCAUACAAUCAUGUGGUUGUGGCUCUAAUGAUGUUUCCGUGACUUGUACUAGUGAUCUUUGUGAAACUAGCUCUUGUGAAGCUCACAGUAAUUCAGUCUGUGAAGUUGAUUCUUGUUCAAACUGUACUGUGAAGCAUUAUGUUGGACUAAAAGAAGUGACUAAUCAAUGUGAUAUUUGUGCACUUCCUCCUGAUUCUGGUAACUGUAAUGGAUCCUUUAACAGAUGGUACUUUAAUAAAGCAUCUGGUCAUUGUGAACUGUUUGCUUAUGGUGGUUGUCAUGGAAAUGGUAACAACUUUAAGUCUUUAAACACUUGUCUGCAAAAAUGUGCCAGUGGUGAUAAGUUAUGUGAUGAAAGUGUGACAAGUGUUGAAUGCUAUUCUGAUCCAUGUGUAACUACUCAUUGUCCUAAUUAUGAUAAUGCCGUUUGUAUACCUAAUCAUUGUGGAGAGUGCUCUGCUCAUUAUUAUAACAGCACAGGACAUGAUAUAACAAUGAUGUGCAGUGAUUGUCCACCAGAACAACCUGCUGCAAAAUGUCUUAUUAAUUUAUGUGAUCAUAAAACAUGUCCCAAUUUACCACCAACUCAGUGUCUACUGGAUGUAUGUGGAGAAUGUAAAGCACGUUAUUUAUGGAAUAAUGUUGAUGUUACUGAAUUUUGCAUGACAUGCCCUGCUCAAGGUCAGAUAUUUAAGGAUUGUGGUGGCUCCUGUGAAAGAACAUGCAGUGACAUAUUAUCACAAAAGCCAUUUGUGUGCAGUAAACAUUAUUGUAUACCAGGUUGUGCUUGCCCUGCAGGACAGGUAUUAGAUGAAGGAAAUAAUAAAUGUGUUUAUCCAGAGCAAUGUCCUUGUCAAAGAUCAUGUGACCCAAUGCCUGAAAAUUGUACUAGAAUCUAUUAUGACAAUUGUAAUUGUCCAUUAUGUAGAGAUUGCCCUAUUACUGGUCAAGAGUAUAAUGAAGUUUCAGCAUACUGUCCAAAGACUUGCUCUAAUCCUCACCUUUUGUGUGCUGGUGAAGGACAGCCUGGCUGCUCCUGCCCAUUGGGUCAAGUGAUUGAUGAAAUGAACAAUCGUUGUGUACAGCUUAAAGACUGCCCUAAACCAGAUCCAUGUACAUUAGCACCAGAAAGAGGUCCCUGUACUGCUAGUAUUACAAGAUACCAUUACAAUGUCACUAGUCAAACUUGUGAGCAGUUUUCAUAUGGCGGUUGCUUCCCUAAUGAAAAUAAUUUUUUUACUAAACAUGACUGUGAAGAGAAAUGCAGUGAUUGUUAUCCAGUAUGUACUCCAGAAUAUUGUGCAAUAAAAAGAGGAGGAACAUGUUCUGUGCCCUCAUCUCCUCCUGGCAGUACUCAAGGGUGUCCUGGAGGAUGUGCUAUAUCUAAUUGUGGUGCUUGUUAUUAUUCAUAUAAUGAUCUACCAUUCCCUCCAUUACCUGGUUCUUGUCCUAGUGUGUGUCCAUUUGUCAAUGGUCAAGUGGAUGAGUCCUGCAUGGCAAGAUGGGGACGCUGUGUGCAGAGAUCAUACUUUAACAUUUAUAAAUCUGUUUCUGAGCGUGAGCAGUUUAAAGAAAAUUUUCGUUGCUGGUCACAUCAAUGUACUAACUAGACUGCUAACAAUUAAUUAAUUUCUUUAAGUUUUUAGUGAAAAUUAGUGGUAGUGGAAAGUUUGCAGUGUAGAUCUUCUUUAAUUUUGUUUGCAAAAUUCAAAAAACUAA